CGGAUGCCACGUGGCAAUCUCCAAGGAGCCACAAGUCGACUUCACCGAAACAGCGCGGAUGUGACGUUGGCUUGUGGGAAGGGUGGCAUUGCAUGCAUGUCUCAUUGAGAUGUGCUGACGGGACUACUAUGUAAUAGAAGAAAUUGAGGUGUAGCAGUAAAGCAUUUGGAGUCACUUGAGCACAUUUCCCUCAGGAUGGCGGCCGAGCAUUGGGAUAUGCUUUUCCAGCUUGCUGAUCAGGAUCAUGACGGCCAAAUCAGCGGCCAAGAAGCGGUGAGCUUCUUCCAGCGAGCGAGCCUCCCACAGAAUGUUCUUGCUCAGAUUUGGCUGCAUGCCGAUCGUCGGCAGAACGGAUUCCUGACAAAACCUGAGUUCUACACUGCACUGCAACUGGUAACAGUUGCACAGGCAGGAAAAUCUGUGACGAAGGAAGUCGCACAGGCCAUUGUGUCUGGAGUUUAUAAGAACAUUCAGCCGCCUAGGCUGGCGGGGGUGCAGCUCCCACCGUUUCCACAGAAAGUGCCAGGAGGGGCUUCCUCUGCACAAGGGAUGGUAAAUCCUGCUGGAGGCAUGGGAGGUCAUCUUAGGCCACCAGGCACCGCCGGUAUGUAUGGGCCUAGUAGCAAUGGGCCAAUGGGGGGUGGAGGAAUGGGUGCAGUGGGUGGAAUGGGAGCGGCACAAGGUGGCAGAUGGGGAGGUGGGGUUGAUCCCACUGGAGUUGCUGGAAUUGGUAGCAAUAUGGGAGUUGGUGGGGGGGGGAUGCAGAGCGCGCAGCAAAUGUACAGCCAGUCGAGACCUGCAGGCACGCAAAGUGCAGGAGGAUUCCUGGGUGCGCAAGGACAAAUGGAUCAACAGCAACAACAGCCAGGCUUCAGUGGCCGGGCAAGCUUUGCAGGUGGGCAGGAUGGAUUUGGAGGAGGGCCUGGCCUUGUUCAAGGAGCUGGGGGGACUCUUGUUCCCUAUGGUGCAACGGUGAUGAACCCUAGUAGUGCAGAUGCGCAGCGAGCGAGUGUCGCUAGCAGUGGUGGCAUGUUAGGGGCUUCAGCACAGAGCCAGUCAUUCGAUGUAUCAGCAGGGUUUGGAAUGCCACCAGCGCAGCAAUUGGAUGGACUUGGUGGCAACUCUGGCGACUCUUUCGGUGUUCAAUCGACGGGCAGAAGAGGGGCAUUUGGUCCCGGUCCUCUGAACAUGGCUGGCUUGGACCAGAAUGGUCAUUCGACCCCUGGUUCAGUGAGCCAAGGGUUUGGGAGUGCUGGAGGACCUCAAGGGCAAGUUGGAGGCACGACCAGAGGAGGAGGUGGAGGGUUUACAGGCACAAGUGGAGAUUUCAGCGGCCAAGCGUUCUCCAGUACCCCUGAUCAAAUGGGCGGUCAAAAAGGUUUUGGACCAGGAAAUCAAAACCUCGGAAACAGCCUUGCACAGCCAACGAAAGCAGGAACGGUGCCCCCAGCAUCUCCCCCUGGUAGUUUUGGCAAAAGCGGCGGUGUAAUGCAGAUGUCCCUUGGGCAGGGUUUGACAGGAAGUCAGGGCAGUUCUGGAGGGAUGUUUGGAGAUAGAGGGUCGGGUGGAGCCACGAUGUGGACAGGAAGUGGAGGUCCUCCAUCAUCAGCUGGUGGAGCCCUGGACUUUGCUGAUGGUGGUGCAUUUGGUGGGGACUUUGCUGACGGUGGUGCAUUUGGUGGGGAUACAUUUCAAGCCAAGCCUGCUGCAGCGGCAUCUGGACCAGGGAGUACGGGCUCACAGAAAGGGCAGCUUGGCUCAGGGGGCACACAAGCGAGAGGAAAUGCCCCAGCACUCAGUCAAGCCAGCAGUGCAAAUGCCUUGGUUGGUUUCAGUGACCCGUUCGGAGGAGACACAUUUACAGCAGCCCCGUCUGACAGUGCAAGCCGGUCAGGGAGAACAGGAGGUUCGUCAAGACUGGCUUUGGAUGGGUUCACAACUGGGGCAACCACGCAAGCUAGUGGUUUUGGACCGUCAGCCACCACUGAUGGGAGGUCUUUACCUGCAUCGAGCGUAGGUGGAUCCCUGUCGAUGGUGGUGGCAGGGAAGACAGGCCCGAGUGUGGGAAGAGGGGGUGCCGACCUGCGGGCUUCCAUGGCAUCAGGUUUUGGGGACACAAAACCACGGGCUGAAGAGGGGGCACUGGCGCUUGUCCCAGUUGCGGGAUCUUCGGGGAUGGAAGGGCCAAGUGUUUCCCAGGGCCCAACUGCUGCAAUGCUUGGGUGGCCACAAAUGACUGUUUCAGAUGUGCAGAGGUAUACAAAUAUUUACAACUCUGUCGGCCCCGAUUCUAAUGGCAUGAUCUUGGCCCCUAAGGCGAAGGAACUGCUGAUGAGCUCUCAGCUCCCCGUUGAGGUGCUGAGGCAGGUGUGGGAUCUUUCAGAUGAGAAUGAUGAUAGCAUGUUGUCGUACAAGGAGUUCUGCAUUGCUCUCUACCUGGUCGAGAGAACCCGAGAGGGGAGGCCACUCCCUGCUGUGCUGCCAUCGGGAAUCCAUGCGGAGGAUUCUCCACUGCAUCCUCGUCGACAAAUUGCCGCAGCUCGGAUUGCUGCAGCGCAGCAGGCGGUCACACAGAGUGCUGCAGGAUUCAAUGUGGCAAAGUGGUCUCAGGGAGGAGAGGCUUCAAUUUUGACAGGAACAGCCGGAACGGGGAUGCCAGCGGCAACGAGUGCGGGAGCGGGGCUGCAGCAACUACAGCAACCUCAGCAACCAAGGUUUGGAAUGCCUCAAGUUCCCGGCGGCACCGGAAUGGGUGCCCGGACUGAAUAUUCCUCUGAUUUUCCCCAAGGGCCUGGGGCUGAUGGCACAAUGACAGCUGGCACUGCCGCUGCAAUGCCUGGCUCAGGAGGUGUGAUGUAUGGUCCAGGUGGUGCCAUCCCCGCUCCUGUUGGUGCCAUACCUGGUCCCGGUGGUAUGAUGCCUGGGCUUGGUGGUGCAAUCCCUGGUCGUGGUGGAAUGAUGGCUGGUCCAGGAGGGAUGACACCUGGUGGUGUCGGGAUGGUUCCUGGGAUGGGCGGCAUGAUGGCUGGUCCAGGAGGGAUGAUCCCUGGUGCUGGUGGCAUCAUUCCUGGCACGGCAGCCAUGAUCCCUGGCGGUGCGGGUGGCACGGUGAUGCCCGGUGGUAGUGCUGGCGCACCGGGCAUGGGUGUGGUUGGCUCUGUUACUGGUGCAGCCGGGUUCAUGCCUGGGCAAGUCCCCGGUGCUGCACCACCACCCGUGUAUCAGUCUCGUGCUCCUACGCUGGACAUGAACCUGGCUAAUCAGCUCGGCAGGGAAGAUCAAGAAGCAUUGAAGGCAAGACACAAGGAGACCGAGGAACUUGACAAACGACUGUGGCAAGCGGAAACUCAACUGCUGGAUGCUAAACAGAAGGCAGAUUACUACAGGACAAAGAUGCAGGAGAUAAUUCUCUUCAAGAGUAGAUGUGAUAACCGGUUGGUGGAGAUGGAAGGACGGUUAGAGCAGGAAAAGAAAGAGGUUGAAGUGCUUUCAAAAAAGUACGACGAGAAGUUCAAGCAGUCGGAGGGUUUGAGCUCCCGACUUCUGGCGGAGGAAGCAGCGUUGAAAGACCUCAUAGAGAAGAAGGUGGAGUUGCAUAAUUCUGUUAUGCGCAUUGAGCAUGGAGGAGACCCGAACUCCUUGUUACAAGAGCGGGCAGAUAAGCUUAUAUCUGAACUAGACGACCUCAGAGCUGCUGCAACAUUACGAGCGAAGUCCCUAGGCCUCCAAGUUAAGGUGGCACCGGCCUCGGAAGCAGCCUUCGGUUGGCAAAACGGAAUGCAGGAGAAUGCGGGGGAAUGGGACAGAGAAUGGGCGGAGUUUAAGGAUGAAGGAUUCAGUGUCAUCCCUGGGCUUGGCGAGCCUGCCACCGUUGUCCCAGUGACAUCCAGUGCCGCAUUUGGAGGCGAUGCCUUCCGCGGGAAUGCCAAUCUGGGCGAAAAUGGGAUAGGAGGCUCCCUGGGUGGCCAACCAACUCUGGCUGCAAGCUGGGGCGGGACGAGUGCGCUGGAAGAAAGCUUCGAGUUUAAUAGUGCAAGUGGUGCAUUUGCUGGGGGAGGGUUGGGAGCAUUUGGCGGGAAUGCAGUUCGAGGAAUGGGGUCCCCGGCGGGGUUGCAGUCGCCCUCAUCUGGGGCACUGCCGUCAGGGCAGAGCUCCCCAGUGGCAGGCCAGAUGCAUUCGCCCGGUAGAGACAGUGAUGAUUUGGGGUUUGGGCGAGUGGGUAGCAUGGACAUGUCGAGCUCGAGUCCAAUUAUGGGGCCUGGUUCAAGCAGCGGGAACAAUGGCAUCCUGAGUAUGGGGCGGGUGGGAUCCACCGGCAGUGUUGGGAGUGGGAAAUCCAGCCAACUUCCGCCUCGACCAAAUCCAAGGUAUGCUGGCGUUGCAGAAUCGCAGGAUCUUGGGGCGAGUGUGGAUGGUCUCAGCUCAUCAAUGUCAUUGACUUCGCUGACAAGCUCGGCUGGAGGGUUCACCAGCAUGGGUGUUGCAUCCAAAAGCCCUCAUGGUGGUGGCAUGGGCUCAGGGAUGGGUAAUGCGGCAGGAAACAGACAGCGUGGCUGGGCAUAUGGUGGCCUUAAUGACGACGACGUCGAUAGCAGCACUAGGGCUUCAUGGGGCUUGCAGAGUGUAUCGAUGAGUGUCACUGCAUCAGUGGACACUGUUGGUGGUGCUGGCAUGAUGGCCUCUGGGCUGGAUGGCCCUCUUGGACGGUCUCAACCGUCGAAGUUCGUGCAGAAGUCUUUGGACGAACAGAAUAACAAGUCUGUGGGUGCAUCGGAUGCAAAAGCAGCCAGUGUCACAGCUGGAGAUGCGGACGAUAACAAGAGUGAUAUCUCUGGUACGGCCUCUGAGCUGAGAGACUCCCAGAAGGACGAGGAGCAGCCGCAGGCACAGGCAUCGCCCCCUCCUCCCGACCCAUUUGCAUUCAUUGGUUUCAGCGUUGCCAAGAGUACGAUGUCACUUGGCAGUAAAGACAAGGGAGCUAAUAAGAGCAAACCCACAAUAAGUGGAGCAGAUAUCUCUGCACAGCCAAAGGUAGCAGAAAUACUAUCUUCUUCGGCGGCGCAGCAGGCAGGAGGAGACGCAAGGCCUAUCUCCACAACAUCUUCCACAGAAAUUCCAUGGGAUCUGUUUUCAUGAUUGUGCUGCCAGACAGGUGUUGGAUCUCUAGCUUUUCUGUCAUUUGGAACAUGUUAUUGAGUGACCUUGGCCUUGGGAAAUGGGCGUUGGACAUUGUCGACGUGGCGAGUGGAAUGUUUCUUCUCUCCUUCUCAAGAUUAUAGUGUUGAAGGUUCAGCCCUUUUCGAUUCUUGAAAAUUUGAAAACCCUCUUAUGAUUUAUUGACGAUUAGCAAGAACCCCCAUCAAGUCAGUGCUUGUUGCGUGGGCGCUUCAUAGGCGUGGGGGAGGAAGCACCCCUGCCCCAGGGUUAAUGCCCUGAUGUUCAGGUGUCGUCUGGCCAGAAUGGUCGUAUAUGGAAUAAUAAUGCCCCUAUUGCUUGUAGGCCUUCAAAGGCAUAUCCAAUAGGAGUUAUGUUUUGUUUGUGAAGAGUGGUCAGUCAGACCAUACUAGCAGGACCAGGGGCGGCAGCAGAAUGGUAACCACUAGAACUUCUAAGGAGCACACAGCCUGAGACCAAUUUGGCUUGGUCACUUCUGUGUGAUGCAGUGCUGCGUUUUUUCGGAGUCCCAUCAUAAAUGAAUCUGCGUCCUAUCU